AUGGACAUCUGUCUGUCCCUUGUCCCCUGGUUUCUCCCCACCCUACCCACCCCCCCACAGGGAGAUCACAGGGCUGAGGGAUCAUUGGGCCGCGUGGACCUGGCCCUCCGCGGGAGAGAAGUCACCAGCGCAGGCGUGCCUGCGCUGCGUACUCGCGGCCAGCAGAGAGCAGCAGAGAACAGGAGUGGCCGGAGCCGCGUGCGGGCGCCCGAGCCCAGCCGAGCCGGACCCCGAGCCCGCGCGCAGACGCCCAGAGACGCCGCUGAGCGCUCCAGGCCGCCGGUCCUUCUUGCGCCCCAAGUGCAGCCCGAGCCCGGAGCCAUGGCCAGCCCCUCCGGCAGCCCAGAGGACGCGGGCCAGCCCCGAGGCCGUGCCGGCCGGCCGCGAUGGGAGGAGGAGGACGCCCCUCCUGAGGAGAAGCGGCUGAGGCUGGGGCCGGAGGAGGUGGAAGGCGGCGACGCGCCACGUCUGGGCACGGAGGACACCGGCACCCAGACAGGUGGCGACGGCUCAGGUGUAAGUGGCGCGCGGUCAGGGCAAGGGGCUGCGGGCCGGGUGGCGGGGACGCCCCCGCCGUGGCUUAGGUGGAAGUUGGUGAUGGGGUACCAACUCCGGCGGGUGCCGGGGACCUCUGGAGCGGCUAGGUGUCGCGUGCUGGUGGCAGACCCCUUCUUGCUUUUGUAG